AAAGAUAAUCUGUGGCUUCAAAAAGAGAUGGGAUGUCUGGGAAUGACAGCAAUGCCCUUACCUCUGAUCAUUCAAGCAAGUGAAGCCCCUCACCGGCUCUUGACUUCUGCAGCCUCGGAUGAUCAGUGGAGCCAUUCGCUGUUUGCUUUGAUACCCUCAUGGACAAAGAAGGUUUUGUUCAAACGAGAGUCUUCUGUUAACCACCAGCUGCCUGAAGAUGUGUCCAAUAUGUCAGUGUCUUCUGGAUUUGGAAUAACCCUUCAGAAAUGUGGUGUGGUGGAUGUUGAACAUGACCCUCAAACUGCAUACAUUACACUUCUGAUUAAUAACACCAACACGCUGCUCUCAGCAAAUAUUACAGAUCUUAUCAUCCUGGACAAUAUCACUGGUUUACACGUUCAAAAAAACAGUGGAAAUAAGACGACAGGUGGCAUACAGAUUUACAGGAAAAGAUUCUUGCAAGGUGGAGAACACUUUGCAAUCAACUACUCUGCACUUCUUGAUGCAAAAGAAAUGUGGGAUGGCAGGGUCUUGACACUGCCUGCAAAGCUAACUUUCAGGAGUUCAUCACAGAAUAAAACACAUCUCGUAUCAUUGACAGCAUCGUUCACCAUAACUGAAGAAGAAAAGACCAAGAUUUCGUACAGCCAUGCCAUCCAUGCUUCAGGGUUCUUCAUUGCUUUUUUUGUUUCCCUUGUAUUGACAUGUGCUGGUUUUUUCAUUGUUUACCGAACCCAAAUAUUAAAAUGGAGUUUCCAUAGUAAAAACCAGGAGAUGCAGCAUGAGUUCAAUGAAAAUCACAGACUGGAGCAUUCUCAGUUUAAUUCAGGUGAUCUCUUCAGUGAAGAUAUAAUUAUGAACGAUCAAAUCAUCGAUAUUCUGUCCUUUGAAGAAUCUGGGAACAUGCGUCAGGCUUUAGAAGACUUUGAGGUUGCCAGCCUGACGCGGGCAGAUGCUGAUCUGGAGGCAUUUCGAAUGCAGAUAUGUAAAGAAGUGAUUGCUAUGAUGAUGAAGAACAUGGUCUUAAGUCACAGCCUCUUUCCUCAUGUGGAGAAGAGGAUGAGUUCAAUUUUCAAAAAGCAGUUUCUUGCAAUGGAGAAGGAGAUUAAAGAGGAGUAUGAAAGGAAGAUGGUGGCUUUAACAGCUGAAUGUAAUCUGGAAACUAGGAAGAAAAUGGAGGCUCAAUGCCAAAAAGCGAGAGUUGCAAAUGAAGAGGCUGAGGAAUUAAUGAAGAAAAUGAAUGAAAAGCCUGCUGUAGAAUACAGAAGUCUUCUGGAUAGACUUCACAGACUGGAGCAGGACCGCCUGAAGAGGUUCCUUUUGGUAAAGCAGGAGGAAUAUUUUGCAAAGGCCUAUAGACAGCUGGCUGUUACCCAGAGAAAGGAGCUCCAUAAUAUCUUUUUUACACAGAUAACAAAUGCUACUUUCAAGGGAGAACUGAAGUUGGAAGCAGCUAAAACAUUAGUGGAAGAUUACUCUAAAAUACAGGGAGACAUUGAAGAGCUAAUGGAUUUUUUGCAAGCUAGCAAGAAAUAUCAUCUGAAUAGAAGAUUUGCUUACAGAGAGUAUCUUAUAAAUAAGAUACGGUUAGGGGAUACUCAAGCCUCUGCUCUUAUAAAUGCAGCAGCAACCCAGAUAUCAAGUCUCAUUAGUAAGAUGGAAAGAGCAGGUCAUCUGCCAGAAAGUCAUUCGGGAGUGCUGCUGGACCGAGCUGAGGCUGAAAUUAAUUCUGUUAAACAGAAAUUCGAUCAUGAUUUGAAACAAGAAAAGCAAAAGCUUCACCAGAAACUCAUUACCAAGCGAAGGCGGGAAAUGCUACAAAAGAAGGAGCAUCGGAAGGAGCAGCUGUCACUUGGAGACCCCUUCAAAACUACUAAGGAGGUCACGCACUACCUGAGCCACUGGAAAAAUCUUCUGAGUGAUCACACCAUUGAAUUUGAAGAACUUACUGAAAAGCUUGACAGUGAGGCCGGUGAGGAGCUGAAAGAGCUUCUAUUUAGUCUAACAGAGAAAACUGUUGAAGAGCUUAAACGUGUUCAAUAUGGAGUAUUUGUGCAAGAACUGGUAAAGCUCAGUGUGCCAAAGAUGUUCCUGCUGGAAGCUGUGGAGGAGCAUAAAAAAGAGAUGGUUGUUAAACAUGAACAGCUUGAAAGGGAAGAGCACGCUGAAGAGCUGCUUCAGCUCACCAGGCAGAAGCUGAGCCAAGAACUGGAAAUGAGCCUUUUGGAACAAAAAAAAUUAAGGAGCUGGGAACAAUCAGUAUUCAUGCAGCUUCUAAGUUUACCCCUCUCACUAUCAGAAGCGGAAUUGCUUAGAAUGACGCAAGAGCUGCACUGCUCCUUUUCUCAGGUGGACAACAGCUUGGCUUGGCCCAAGAUAAGAGCAAGAACCUUGCUUCAGGCUUUUGAGGUGGAGCGGAGGGACACAGAACUGCUGAAAGUCGAUCAGAAUUUAGCAAUGACCAAUAAACAGCAUUCUAAAAUGAAAAAAACAGGAUCCAGGAAUAGAAAUAAGAUAGAUAUUCUGAAGAAAUCUUUACAGGACAAAGUUUUCAUUUAUGAAGAAUCAGUGAAAGAUGAAAAUUUGGAUAAG